AUGAUUAAGUGGAGAUUUUUAGUAGAUGGAAUACGUUUGAAACACACAGAUCUAAUCGAGAUAUAUUGUGUCAGAGAAUCGCACAUGAUGUACGGUGAAGCGGUCGACGAUUUUUCUAAAUCAUAUCGAUGCAUGAUGUUUUUCAUAUUGUUAAUAGAAAGAAGCAAUAUUAUGGUGAUGAUGAUCGUGACUAUUAAAGUUGUUUGUCAUCCGGAUGAUUAA